AUGGCAGAAUUAAAUUUGCGCGCUUCGGCAAUAAAGGCCAUUAAACGCAUACACGAUCGGGUGAGUGGAUUCCAGCAGGGUGCAUUUGAUGAAUUUCAUCUUGAGCAAGAGUUGAAAUCAUUGUCAGCACAUUAUGCACGUUUCGUGACCAACCAUGACCUGUUGGUGGGCAAUGCAGCAAACGCCGAGUUGGAGGCCCACGAGAAGUUAUGGGAAGGGUUUAAAGGUAUUUACAACAAUGCAUGUACCCACUUGAACCGUGCAAUCAUGGGUGCAAAACCGAGUCAGUCUGCUGUGAUGCCUGUGCGAGAGUGUGAGGUUAAGUUAGAACCGCUUGCAAUUCCAACGUUCGAUGGAACUAUGCAGAAUUGGCUGGCGUUUAAGGACGUUUUUGAAUUGCUUGUCCACAAUACAGACUAUCCUGAGGCCUACAAGUUAGGCAAGUUGCGGCAGGCAGUAAGCGCAAGUGCUGUACCGCUCGUCGGGAGUGUAUAUUCUGGGGGAUACGCUGAUUUAUGGAAGGCGCUUAAAGAACGUUUUGACAAUAGAAGGCAGCUGGCUGAGACUCAUGUGUCACGCUUACUCAAUAUCAAGCCGACAACUGAGGACACACCAACUGCGUUACUGUUCAUCGUCGACACGGUACAUGAAUCACUACGAGCUUUACAUGUCAUGGGUCUACCAGUGGCCGAAUGGGAUGCUGUGGUCGUACCGAUAAUAGUUUCGAAACUUCCGAUAACUACACAGCGCGAGUGGAACAUGAGCUGUUCACCCACCGAAAUUCCGAGCCUCGAUGAGCUGCUUACGUUUUUGGGUCAGCGGGCUCAUAGCCUCAGCACAACAGUUGUCACAUGGGGCAAUGGGGUUGAAUUUACGUCCAAGAGUCAUCAACGCGCUGGUGGUCCGUCAAGAGCUGUUAGAUCACACGUCGUAUCUGCAGAGGAGGGUAAAUGCACAUACUGCCAAGGUGCACAUCGUAUUAUGAAAUGCGCACGCUUUCUUGUGAUGAAAUACGAAGACAGAAUUACUGCUGCAAAGACUGCAAGGCUUUGUUUUAACUGCCUAAAGCAAGGUCAUUCAGCAAGACAAUGUCCAUCGGGGAAUUGCCGUCACUGUGGUCGUAAGCACAACUCAUUACUUUGCCGCGAAUCAUUAUCUCAGAAUCCAUCAGAGUCAGUGUCAACGUGUCCGGAAGGAGCCGUCACUGCUAUUGCAUCCGGAAAUUCGAAUCUCUGA